AUGCUAAACGUUGUCUUGUUGCAGCUUCUCUACGACUUCGACUACGAGUCGGAUCGUCUCGUCCUUGUCCAGGCUCUUCUGUUGAUGACGUACUGGUAUGAGACCCCAGAUGACCAAAAGGACACAUGGCAUUGGAUGGGCGUCGCCAUCUCGCUUGCUCACACAAUCGGCCUUCAUCGCGACCCAGCCGCGACGAGCAUGCCACCCCAUAAGCAGAAGCUUUGGAAGCGAAUUUGGUGGUCAUGUUUCAUGCGCGACCGCCUCAUUGCCUUGGGCAUGCGCCGGCCCACUCGCAUCAAGGACGAAGACUUCGAUGUCCCGAUGCUCCAGGAGUCCGAUUUCGAGCUUGAGGUUCUGCCUGAGGACAACACCGUUGUUCCCGCCGAGUGCACCCUCCUUCGUGAUGUCACAAUGCAGAAGGAAUUGGCUGCUCUCUGCAUAUCAAAAGCUCAGCUUUGCAUUUGCAUAAGCCACAUGCUCAAGGCACAAUACUCCGUUCUCAUCCGGGACAAGAUGCGCCCUGAGAAUACUGUCAACAGCACCAUGAUGCUGUUUCCAAACAAGAAGCUGGAUAACGUAGAGAGCGUGACUUCGGUUGACUUGGAGCUCAUGGCUUGGGCGGAUACUCUUCCGCCCAUUUGCCAGUACAGGCCCUUGACCCCGUUGGAUGUCAAGAAUGGUAGAUCAACCGUUGCUGUUCAGCGUACACUUCUGCACAUGGUUUACUUCACGACGAUCUCGGCUCUCCAUCGACCCCAGUUUCUGCCUUCGUCUCCCAUCCAUGCGCCUACGACCUCAAGACAAGUGCAGGAAAUGUCCCGGCUUCGCGUAAGGGAUGCGGCGAUGCACGUCACCCGGAUGGCCGCCGAACUCCACCAACUGCGCCUUGAGAAGUAUCUUCCCACAACUGGUGUUACGGUCAUAUUGCCCGCAAUGAUCAUCCAUCUUCUGGAAAUGAAAAACCCCGUGUCGCAGUCUAGGGACCGCGCUACUAGGGGAUUUCGUCAGUGCAUGCGUGUGAUGGAGAAGUUGCGUGAGAUUUAUGCCGCGGCUGACUACGCCACUGGCUUCCUCGAUGCCGCCUUGCGGAAGGCUGCCAUUGAUAUAAAUCUUCAGCAGGCCCCCGCGGCGAUGACUACGCAGAAUCUCAAGCUCGCUGACCCAACCUUUGGCGCGCAGACGCCCCCGCCUGACAAUCUGCCUUAUAUGACGUCUGGGGAGACUCUGUUCGCUACAAAGCCUAACCCGCAGCGCGACUUCCUUCCACAAACCAUCAAUGCUGCUGCUUUGGAUUUGUCAGCCACAAGCCCACCACACACCGAGAAAGACCACGAAUCGGCGCUUGGUGGAUUGACACCCAGCGCUAGUGGCGGCUCGGAGGAGCCUGGGCCGCUCGAUCUUGAGUUCCUCCAGAGCCAGGAAGAAAUUGACUGGAACGCCGUGACUGGCACCGAAUUUGAUGUCGACCAAUGGCUCCAGUUCCCACCUGAGGGAGUAAACAACUCGGACGAAGGCUUCAUGGCCAACGUCUUUGGUGAGGAGAGUAUGAACGACGCCAUGAACUGGGCUGCUGCCGGUGUCGACACUACCACAAAAGAAAGCGACGGUGCUGCUGAAAUCGCCACCCUUGCUUAA